ACAGGCCCUAAAGGUCUAAAACCCUAAUUACUUAUUUCCCCCAAAAUAAAGCAGCACCACGCUGUUCAGGCAACCCACGAACCAUACGCCUUCCGCCAUGGCCCAAACCUCCGCUACCGUAACCUCCUUCCGCCAAUGAGAUUCCGACAACUUCUCUCUGCGUCUCUAUUCACGCUUCACCCCAACUGUAAACUAUCAAAUACCCUUUUCAACCCAUUAAUGGCUACACAAACCCUAAACUUAUCCUCAACGUCUACACCGACUAACGGCGACGACACAAACGACGACGCCCUCUGCUCCUCCGAAAUCACUACUCCGCCGCCGUCCGAGCCGCUCGGCGCCGCUUUGGACCGGCCGAAUGGAUGCCUGACCGGAGAAGCCCGCAUCGAGCGGGCCUGGGCCCAUUGGAACGGGCUGGGUCGGCCAAAAUUCAUAGUAGCCCCCAUGGUAGACAACUCCGAGCUGCCGUUCCGGCUUCUCUGCCGGAAGUACGGCGCCCAAGCCGCCUACACGCCUAUGCUCCAUUCCAGAAUUUUCUCUGAAAACGAAAAAUAUCGUUCACAAGAGUUCAGCACUUGUAAGGAAGACAGGCCAUUAUUCGUGCAAUUUUGCGCGAAUGAUCCAGAUCUUCUGCUGGAGGCAGCGCGGAAAGUUGAGGCUUACUGCGACUACGUUGACAUUAAUUUUGGGUGCCCCCAGCGAAUUGCAAAACGAGGAUAUUAUGGAGCUUUCCUGAUGGAUAAUCUUCCUCUUGUGAAAUCUCUGGUGGAAAAAUUAGCUAAUGGCCUUAAUGUCCCCGUCUCAUGCAAAAUUCGGAUCUUCCCGGAUUUGCAAGAUACAAUUAACUAUGCGAAAAUGUUGGAGGAGGCAGGAUGUGCUCUUUUAGCAGUACAUGGAAGAACAAGAGAUGAAAAAGAUGGGAAGAAGUUUCGUGCUGACUGGAGAGCAAUCAAGGCUGUUAGAGAAGCAGUGAGAAUUCCUGUCCUUGCAAAUGGUAAUAUACGGCACAUAGAAGAUGUGUGGCAAUGCAUGGAAGAGACGGGGGUUGAAGGGGUCCUUUCAGCUGAGCCUCUGCUUGAGAAUCCUGCUCUGUUUGCUGGUUAUCGAACUGCUGAAUGGGUGCCGGGUCAUGAAGAAACAUGCAAAGACGGGGAACUUGAUCAAGCUCAGUUGUUGGUGGAGUAUUUGAACUUCUGUGAGAAGCAUCCGGUGCCAUGGAGGAUGAUCCGAUCUCACGUGCACAAGUUACUCGGAGAGUGGUUCCGAAUUCAUCCACAUGUAAGAGAUGAUCUCAACAGACAAUCCAAGCUCACAUUUGAAUUUCUGUAUGGUAUAGUCGACCGGCUUAAAGAGCUUGGUGCCAGAAUACCUCUUUUUGUCAAGGAUGAUGAUCGCAACAAAUCAUCUGUUAAUUAAAAUUAAGCACCACUUUGGACGCUACCUCAAGAAUCGUAUUAGCAGCGUUGCAAGGUUAGUAUACUUCAAUUCUUACGGCACACGAAUUUGUAGAUGGCUCAAGUCUCGACUUAUUUGUUAUAAUCCUAGAAAUUUUUGAGGAAUAGACCUUCUAAUUGUAUUGCGAUACCUGAUUCAACUCGAUUGUAUUUUUAUCUGAAGAAUAUUUGUAUCUGCUUGCUAUGCAAGUGUAAUUAUACUGGUGGUUCUUGAAAAAAGGGCUAAUUGCAGUAAAAUACACAACUUUCACUUAA